AUGGUAAGAGACAUCAAGAAUUCCUUAGAGAUAAUGUCUUCGAGGAGAGAGCUGAUUCACAGCUGCCGGGGGGAUCCCCUGGAGAAGCAGAUUCAUCAGUAUAACAUUAACAACAACAUGAUAAUAGCGAAAGCAGCAAGCUACUUCAGAACCGUGUUUAAGUCAGCUCAACAGAAAGCAAGCAACAUCAAAUGGCCACACCCACGGAUGGACUCUAGCCUCAAUAUGGAAAUCAAUGAGCUGGAAGAAGUCUUAAGUAAAGGUGAACAUAUGGUGGAGACGACAAAGUUCGAGGAGUUUAAGGCUGGUAAAGAAUCGAGUCUCAGUCAUGGCUUGGAGAUAUGA